AUGUCUUUCUUUGGUGUAGGAAAUCCUUUUUCUACGCCGGUGGGCCAAAAAAUAGAACAAGCUACAGAUGGAUCUCUACCUUCGGAAAACUGGGCUCUUAAUAUGGAAAUAUGUGAUAUUGUGAACAGUAGCACAGAUGGACCAAAAGAUGCCAUAAAGGCGAUCAGGAAGAGGUUGACACAGAGCGCUGGCAAGAACUACACAAUAGUGAUGUAUACACUGACUGUGUUGGAGACGUGUGUUAAAAAUUGUGGAAAAUCUUUUCAUGUUCUGGCUUGUAACAAGGAGUUCAUAUCAGAAUUGGUAAAACUAAUUGGGCCUAAGAAUGAUCCACCAACAGUUGUACAAGAAAAAGUUCUCAGUCUUAUCCAGUGUUGGGCUGAUGCAUUCCAAAAUCAGGCCGACUUACAGGGCGUUGUACAAGUGUACAAUGAACUACGAACUAAAGGCGUUGAGUUCCCGAUGACUGAUUUAGACGCUAUGGCACCUAUAUUUACUCCGCAAAGGGUGUUACAGAGUGUACCGGACGGUGGCGAACCCAUUUUGGGUUCCCCGCAACGUACCGCUAUGCCGCAAAACUCGCCCAGCCGCCCCCCUAUGGAGCAAGUUUCUUCAGCGGUGACUCUGUCUGAGAGUCAAACGAACAAGCUCCGUGCAGACCUGUCUGUCGUGGACGGCAAUAUGACUGUUAUGAACGACAUGCUCAACGAGCUCACCACUCAGCCGCACACCGCACACCAUGACAGCGAUAUUGAACUACUAAAUGAGCUGGCGGACACGCUGCGCGCGAUGCAGAGCCGCGUGGCCGAGCUGAUCGGGCGCCUCGCGGGGCAGAGCGCGCUCACGGCCGAGCUGCUGCACGCCAACGACACGCUCAACAACCUCCUGCUGCGCCACACGCGCUUCCUCAACAACAGGAACGCUGCGACCGGCGGAGCGACCCCAUCGGCCAUUUUGGGAGCUGCUAUGGGGGUACCCGGGACUAACGCGACUGUAUCACCCCAGAAGAAUGACGACGAUGCUUUGAUUGACCUUAGCGACGAUGUGCCAGAUAUUGCCAAACUGAGUGUGAAGGACGCACAACCCGACAAGUCCCCGAGCAGCGCCAAAGAUGAGUUUGACAUGUUCGCACAGUCGCGAAAUGUUACUUAUGAAAAUUCUAAAAUUGGCGGUAGCAGUUACGCCGAUAACAUGGAGGAGCAGACGUCCGCCAGUCUCGUGGCUGCUGCCAACCAACGUUCCACUCAAGCGCAGGUGCCUUUGCCAACGGGCAUGGAUCAAAGGGAGAUCGAUGAAAUAGCCGCUUGGUUAGCUCAGGAGAAGGCCAAUUCUGAAGCCAACGGAGCCCAAGAGAGCGUGACGAGCAGCGACUUCGACAAGUUCCUCGCCGAGCGCGCCGCCGCCGCCGACUCGCUGCCCCCCGCCCCCGCCCCCGCCCCCGCCUCCACCGCCCCCGCCCCUACCGACCCCACCCCCCAGCACACCCCGCGACAUCGACAGAUCAACAAGGAGGAGCAGGACUCUAUGUUCGCGCUCUGA